CAUUUUCCCAUGAUGCACAGCCAUACACAUGUGCUCCUUCUUUACAUUGAAGAAUCUGUUCCUCAGUGAAGCUACGAAAGCGGAGAGGUGAUAAAAGUAUCCACAUAGACAAAUAUAAAGUGAUCAAAAUGGCCAAAGAAGAAGUUAAUCCAAAGGCAUAUCCAUUGGCUGAUCCACAAUUAACAGUAACAAUAUUGGAUCUAGUGCAACAGGCAUCUAACUACAAACAAUUGAAAAAAGGUGCCAACGAAACAAUCAAGGCUUUGAACAGAGGAGUUGCAGAGUUUAUUGUCAUGGCUGCUGAUACAGAACCACUUGAAAUCUUGCUUCAAUUGCCUUUGCUUUGUGAAGAUAAGAAUGUACCGUAUGUCUUUGUUCGUUCAAAACAAGCACUUGGAAGAGCAACUGGAGUUUCAAGACCUGUAAUUAGCUGUGCUGUUACUGUUAAUGAAGGCUCACAGCUGAAGUCACAAAUUCAGUCCAUACAAUUGGCCAUUGAAAAACUAUUGAUUUAAAAAUCUUUUUAUUGUAGAUUUUCACUGGUACGUGUACCAUAUGCAUCAAGGGUAUUAUUAUGAAGUAGUUUUUUGUUAUAUGACUGCAAAAGAACCAAUAUCUGUUGUC